CGAAAUCAAAUCUCUUCUCCCGUCUCUUAGUCUUUUUCUUCUUCAUCGAAGAUUAAAAUGGGAGAUACUAUGGGUCACAAGCAUCAGUUGCAGAAGUCGGUUCCUGUCAAGAACCACAAUCACCUCGGCAGCGGUGGAUUACGUCGACCUGGUGCACCUCCUCUCAGAGAUUUGAACUAUAAUACAAGGCAAAUGCAGCAAAACAGUUGGCAAAUGAGUAAAGGAGAGGACCAAAUGCCAUUUUUCUCGGGUCGUGCAUCUUCUGGCACUGGAGUAUUUUUACCGGCCAUGGCUUGGCAUCCGCCAACCAAAAAAACAGAAAUUCGUGAAGAUGAUUCGAAGACGAAGGAGAAGAAGAGCGAAACGGUGGAAACUCCCUUUGAUUCGCUGGAGAAACUUCUCCCGGAGGAAUGGACUUAUUAAUGACCUGACCUUGGUGCCGUUGACCAAUUUUACUCAUUAAUGCGAAGAAGUAGAGUCAAAUAAAAAGAAAAGGAAAGAUUCUCAUGUCGUUUAUGUUUCGUUACCAUUGGGUUUAUAGUAGUAAUAAAGAAUAAUAAAGAAUAAUAACCAAAGAUAAGAUCAACCCGUUUGUGA